AAAAUUUUCAGUUUGUAUAUUUUUGUUUUAUAAAUCUAUUAUAAAUCCAGUGAAAAUAAUAAUGGGCGACAUAGACUUCUUCUUUUGCGAUGCUUGGAAAAGGACGGACAAUCGUAAUAUGAAGUGGUACCAACAAAACUUGAUACCCACGUUACAGGCAGCCAAGAAUAAGGGGGCUCGCGAUAUUGAUAAAUCGAUCGAACUUGCUGAACAAUUACUGAAGAUUUACAAUGAGCCAAUGCCAACCGCCGUACCUCCCCCACCUUACGAUUUCCAACAAUGUGAGGACGCUAACUUUAUGAAGCCAGUUGAGGCAGAUGUGCUGAACCUUUUAUAUGGUAGCACGGAAAAAUUUGCUGCGGAGAGAUACUUGAAUACCAGAUACAAGAAGUCACCAGAAGAGAGGUUUAACUUCCGUCUCUGCUCGAACUGGGAGUACGGGUGGCGGCAGACUCGCACGACCCGCGAGCACCACGGCCGCUGUGCGAUCAUCCGCGACACCUUCUACCGUCGGGGCAACAUGGCCCCCGACCCCCUACACUACUCACACCCCAUGGGUGGAGAAAUUGGUGUAUGCAGCGAGUACUCUUGUAAAUUCUAAACGAAGGAAGUCAACUGCUGGACAAAAUAAACAAAUAUGCCAACACACAACAAAUACUAUGUAUUGCAAUAGUCUAA